UCUUUAAUCUUUUUCAAUGUCUUGUUUAGUUAUUUUGGAUGUCAUUCUGUGCGAUUUUUUGUUCAUUGGUGUGCGGUGUAAUACAUAAAAUACUAUACUCGUUUACGUGUGAGACAGUUUAUAUUACAUCUUGUGUGUGUUUAAUCAUAUAUCAGUCGCUUUCGCUUUUUCGCUUGUGAAGUACAAUUGAAAACACACCCAAGGUAAUAUAAACAGUUUCACACGGGAACCUGUUUAGUAUUCUCUGUGUAGUUAUCAACAAAACACAGUGAUAUUAUACCCUAAAUAAAUGAAUACAGUAAUAAUCUAUUAGUAUCUUCGAAAUGAUAAAGUCGUUAAUGCCAACGAAAACUUAAAAGUUACGCAAUGACGUCAUAGAUUUGACAGUGAUUUGAAUGUUUGUUUUAGAGUAAAAGAAAACAAAAUCUAUGUCGACCCUAUCUUUCGAGUCGCUUUUUGAGAAGAAAUCAUCAGUAAUAGCGAGUAGGCCUAAUACUGUGGAUGAGGUUAUGGUGAAAAUGCAGAAAGUGAUGCAUAGAAACACGAACACGACAGACUCGGAGGCAAAGAAAACCAAUAGGCCUAUUGGUCCAAAGCCUCCUACCCCGAGAGAUGCCAUGGGAGAGUAUAUCGUCCCGCCUGGAGGAAAACCCUUAACAAGCCUGUGUGACGGACAACCUGGUCCUGGUGCAUACGACACGCCUGAUAUAGAUGCAACCCACGAGAGAGCUCCACAAUUCACUAUUGCUAGUAGAUACAGGAAACAAUCAAAUGCGAAGAGCGCGGGUCCGGCGGACUACAACACUGGUCAAGACUUGAAAUGGAACAGAUGUCGCGGCUUCACGUUCAAAGGUCGCCUGCCUGAACGAAGAGUAUACAACACCCCCGGGCCAGAUACCUACCUGCCUAUAGGAACAGGAGUAGGUGAAUGUGGGCCGAAGUACUCUCUGGGUCUCAAGGAUGCCGUCGUUGGACUACAACCGUUAAAUCAGCCAACGGAUGUUAAAGGCUUUGAGACCCCUGGGCCGAACUAUUUGCCUGAGCGAGAUCAACGAUCUGGAUUCUCUUUUGGUGGCCGUCUAAAUAGAGGAGACAAAUCUAAUACGCCAGGUCCAGCGGCCUACGCUCCCUCCCCACGGAACACGGGGCCAGCCUGGACAAUGAGUUCCAAAUCGAAAGAGGAAAAAAAACGUCAGAAAUCGCCGGGUCCGAACGCUUAUGAUCUCAAGACAACUAUAGGGACAGGGUUAGCCAAAAGUAUUCUUGGCCCUAACAGUAAAUCCAUGCGAAAUGAGGGAGCGUCACCCGCCUCGUAUUACGUGAGACAACCGAAAACCAACAUCGGCGUCUCCAUGAAGUACCGCCCCUUCGAAAUACCAGUGGACGCCUCGCCGGGUCCGGCGGCGUACAAGGUGGAAGCGCCGCACUGUGUGAGGAAUAGAGACAGCAAGUCGACCACGUUCAACUGCAGAGGCAACUGCUGCCCGGCCUUUCCAGGCUCGCCCAGAGAGUUGAGGAAAGCCACGAGGACAGAGCGAAUGCCAGGCCCUGACAGAUACAGCAACCUGAAUAACUUUGAAAAGAACUGCGGGCCUGCCUACAGUUUUGGAAUUCGUGUACCUGAUAAGACAGGCGAUGUCCCAGGACCAACUUUAUACGGCGGGAGGAGCCUGGACACAGGUCCUGCGUACAGUAUGGCGGGGAGACGGGGAGAGACACUACCCUCAGAAAAUCCUGGCCCAGCUGCGUAUCUACCGAAAGAAGCGAGAGGUACUCGUGAAGGCUACACAAUAGCAGGGAAACCCAAACCUAAAGAAGAAGACAUGAACAUGCCAGGCCCCAAUGCCUACAAUGUGACGGAUGGCCCCUGCAAAAACUCUGGAUUCAGCUUAAAGAGUCGACACAGUCCGUGGGUGUAUUCUGGUGUGCGAACGAUCGCUGUCGCCGACAAAGGAGGUCUCCAACAAACCAGAGAAAAUGCUGGCCCAGCACGAAAAGAAACCAUUGAUCAUUGUCAAGGCUUCAGAAUAGCAGGACAAUCCAAACCUAGAAAAGAAGAAAAGACUGUCCAAAAUGCAUAUGCACAGACAGAACCCAAUGAUCGUUGUCAAGGUUUCAGAAUAGCAGGACAACACAAACCUAAACAAGAAGACAUAUGCGGUGCAGGCUUCCAUCCCUUCUAUGUGAUCAAUGGCCCUCCAAGAACACUGGGGCAGUUGGCGAAGGAGGAAGCGUCCAAGAAGCACACAUUGUUUCAUAGAGCUACAAGAGAAGACACUCCUUGCCCAGCUGAGUAUCAACCGAAAGAACCCAAACCUAGAAGAGGAGACAUGUUCAGUGUAUCUCAACUAUGUGAUUAAUGGCCCCCAAGAACACUGGGAGAGUUUGCGAAGGAGGUCCAAGAAGUUUAUGUUGUUUCAUAGAAAUAAAUAAAACACAAUGUGUCGUAGGCGUCGGAAGCUGAGGUGUGGUGUGGUGCGUGGGUAAGGGUAGUGGGGGUGGUGGCAAGGACACUUGUCAUCCAAUACUUUAAAGAUAAUGCACUGCACCCCCACCAGUUGAAAAUCAAUUUAGUAUUUAGCUGCCACACACCCCUUCCUCAGUUGUUAUUAUCGUCCGACGCAUUCAUGUAUGUGUGUGUGUGUGUGUGUGUGUGUGAGUGUGUAUGUGUGUGAGUGUGUGUGUGUGUGUGUGUGUGUGUGUGUGUGUGUGAGUGAAUGAGUGAGUGUGUGUGUGUUUGAAACAUAUAUAUAUAAC